ACGAUUCACACUGAGAGAGGUAAAUGUGAAUUUUCUCCAUCGGACUUAGGUUCUUCUGAGAGAAAUGUCUGGCGACUCGACGACGACUUCGGCUAUGGAGAUCUCCGGCGACAAGAUUGAUUCGAAGGACGGCGAGGCAACAACAACAGCUAUCGAGUCUCAGAUUCUCGCGGCUAUGCAGUCUCGAGUAACCUACCUCAGAGAUAAAGCAGACAACUUCACCUUUGAGGGUGUGCGGAGGUUGCUGGAGGAGGAUCUGAAAUUGGAGAAACAUGCUUUGGAUGCGCAUAAGAGCUUUGUUAAACAACAUUUGCUUAAGUGCUUAGAAGGUGCUGAGAAUGAUGAAACUUCAGAAAAUUCUCAAGAAACUGAGAAGAAAGAUACUGUUACUCCAGUGAAAGAAGUAGCAAAGUUAUCUAAAGAGCACAAGGAGAAAAAAGAUGUUAAGGAAGAUACGACUGGUGAUGAUGAGAAAACGGAGGAUUCUCCUGUGAUGGGACUUCUGACAGAAGAAAACACAUCCCAAUCUGUAGCUGAGCAAACAAAGGAUGAGGACAGCAAAGAGGUCCUGCAGAGUGAUAUAAAAAAAGCCCUUCGUAAAAGGGCUUCUUAUAUUAAGGCUAAUUCAGAGAAAAUUACAAUGGGCUUACUUCGUCGACUUUUGGAGCAAGAUCUUAAAUUAGAGAAGUACUCUCUUGACCCCUACAAGAAAUUCAUUAAUGGAGAACUAGAUGAAAUACUACAAGCUCUUGAAGCUACAAAAUCGUCAACUAAGGCUCAGAGGAAAACUGUAACCAAGAAGGUCAAGAGCACACCAGCUAAAAAUUCAGACAGUGAAGAAAUGUCUGAUUCAGAUGGUGACGACGACAAGGAAGUCACUGUAAAAAAGAAGAAGACGGCUGAGAAAAGAAAAUCGUCAAAGUCAGAGGGAACCGGAAAGCGGAAACGUGAAAAGGAGAAACUUGCAUCUGCAAAGAAGACAAAACAAACAGAUUCACAGAGCGACAGUGAUGCAGGAGAAAAGGCAUCAUCUUCAGAAAAAUCUGUGAAGAAACAGGAAACUCCAACGACUGGCUACGGGAAGCGUGUUGAGCAUCUUAAAUCGAUCAUCAAAUCUUGUGGAAUGAGUAUUUCUCCAUCGGUUUACAGGAAAGCCAAGCAGGCUCCUGAGGAGAAGCGCGAGGAAACUCUGAUAAAAGAACUUAAGGAGUUACUCGCCAAAGAAGGGUUGUCUGCAAAUCCUUCAGAGAAAGAGAUCAAGGAAGUCAAAAAAAGAAAAGAAAGAACAAAGGAGCUCGAGGGUAUAGAUACAAGCAACAUUGUGUCGAGUUCGAGGAGAAGAUCCACUGCAAGUUUUGUACCUCCUCCAAAGCCGAUAAAAGCAGAAGAAAGCGAGAGCGAUGAAUCAGAAGAUUCUGAGAAUGAGGAGGAUGAGGAUGAAGAAGUAGUAGUAGAAGAAGAUGAAGACGAAGAAGAAGACGAGGGAGGUAACAAAGAUGGCGGAGAGGGAAGUCAAAACGAAGGAGAACCAAACACUGAGGAUGGUGGUGAAGAGGAAAGCGAGUAAUUGUAAGAUCGUUGGUUGUGCUUAGCUUUGUCGCAGGAACAAUGUAGCUUAGCUUCUCUAUGUACUGUUGUAGAGUGGUGAUAUUUUGUACUUUUUAAUGUGUUAAUCAUAAUCAUGACAUUAGGAUAUGAAUUUUAAGACUUGCAUUAUAUAACACUAAAUUAGGUUUCAUCUAAAGUUUAGAAUGGAUAUGAUUUGUCA